UGUUCGGCGAACGGCUGAUUUCCGCUUCCUGCACCAGUCUGCUAGCUAGAGUAAGUGAAGAUGGCGGCGGCCGAAUCGGAUCGCGAAGUACCGUCCGCUCUGUGUAACGCUAGCGAAUUCCUGGAUUUCUCUGCCAAGGACACCGCUUUGAAAUGGCUCCAAGUGACCGACCUCCCUAAGGAGGUCUACCAGCAUCUGGCCUGUUAUGUGCCCAAAAUCUACUGCCUGGGGCCCAACCUGAACCCUCAGAGCGAGGAGCUCCUGGCCCAGCUGCUCCUGCAGGCCCCGCUGGAGUGGUACCUGUGUGGGGAGGAUCCGUCCACCGGCCUGGCCAAGUUGGAGCAGAGCAACCAGCCCUCCCAGCUGUGCGGCCAUGUCUUCAAGGUGGGAGAGCCCACCUACUCCUGCAGGGAAUGUGCAGCUGAUCCAACCUGUGUGCUCUGUAUGCAGUGUUUCUUGGGAAGUGUACAUAAAGAGCACCGCUACAGGAUGACGACCUCUGGGGGAGGGGGCUUCUGUGACUGUGGAGAUACAGAGGCCUGGAAGAAGGGCCCUUACUGUCAGAAACACGAGCCCAACAUCAGCGACGCCUCGCAGGAGGACCCUCUGGCUCACCUGUCCGCUGACAUGAUCGCGCGCACCUACAACGUGUUCUCCAUCGUGCUGAAGUACGCCGUCGACAUGCUCACCUGGGAGAAGGAGGACGAGCUGCCGCCAGGCCUGGAGCCGCCGGAGCGAGGGGACACGUACUACUGCAUGCUGUUUAACGACGAGGUGCACACCUACGAACAGGUCAUCUACACCCUGCAGAAAGCCGUCAGCUGCACCCAGAAAGAGGCUGUCAGCUUCGCCACCACAGUGGACAGAGAUGGGCGGAAAUCGGUGCGUUACGGGGACUUUCAGUUCUGUGAGCAAGCCAAGUCAGUUAUUGUGAGGAACACCAGUCGGCAGUCCAAGCCCCUGCGUGUGCAGGUGAUGCACUCCUCAGUGGUGGCUCACCAGUGCUUCGCGCUCAAAGCUCUCGUCUGGCUGGGCCACAUCAUCAGCUACUCAGAUGCACUGAGGAGGAUACUCUGUCAGGUGGGCCUUCAGAAAGGCCCGGAAGGCGAGUACUCUUCGCUGGUCGACACCCUCAUGCUGUGCGACUCUAAGAUGUGGAAAGCCGCGCGGAACGUCUACCACCAGCUGUUCAUGAGCAGCCUCCUCAUGGACCCCAAGUACAAGAAGCUUUUCGCCAUCCAGUUUGCAAAAAAUUAUGAGCGCUUGCAGAGCGACUAUGUGAAAGACGACCACGACAGGGAGUACUCCAUCACGGACCUGUCGGUGCAAAUGUUCACCGUGCCUUCCCUGGCUCGCAUGCUGAUCGUGGAGGAGAACCUGAUGACCACCAUCAUCCGCACCUUCGUGGACCACCUGCGCCACCGCGACCUGCAGGGCCGCUUCCAGUUUGAGCGCUACACCGCGCAGCAGGCCUUCAAGUUCCGCCGCGUGCAGAGCCUCAUCGGGGACCUCAAGUAUGUUCUCAUCAGUCGGCCGUCAGAAUGGACUGAUAAACUCAGGGAGAAGUUUCUGGAAGGGUUGGACUCCUUCCUGGAGCUGCUGAAGUGCAUGCAGGGUAUGGACCCGGUGGUGCGGCAGGUGGGACAGCACAUCGAGAUGGAGCCGGAGUGGGAGGCGGCCUUCACCCUACAGAUGAAGCUCACGCACAUCAUCUCCAUGAUGCAGGAGUGGUGUGCAACAGACGAGAAGGUGCUGGUGGAGGCCUACAAGAAGUGCCUGACCGCGCUGACGCACUGCCACAGCGGCUUCACCGACGGAGAGCAGCCCAUCACACUGAGCAUGUGCGGACACUCGGUGGACACCAUCCGCUACUGCGUGUCCCAGGAGAAAGUCAGCAUCCACCUGCCCGUGUCCCGCCUGCUCGCAGGUUUGCACGUUCUCCUCAGUAAAACCGAGGUUGCCUACAGAUUCCCCGAACAGCUGCCCCUGAGUGAGCUGAGCCCCCCCAUGUUGAUAGAGCACCCUCUGCGCUGCCUGGUCCUCUGUGCCCAGGUGCAUGCUGGGAUGUGGAGGAGAAAUGGCUUUUCAUUGGUCAAUCAGAUUUACUACUACCACAAUGUGAAGUGCAGGGUGGAGAUGUUCGAUAAAGACCUGAUCAUGCUGCAGGCCGGAGCGUCCAUGAUGGACCCCAACCACUUCCUGAUGAUCGUACUCAGCCGAUUCGAGCUCUACCACAUCUUCAGCUCGAUCGACUGCAAGAAGAGAUACAACAGAGAGAACUCCAAUAAGGAUUUGCUCCAGCAGAAUAACACACUGAUAGAGGAGAUGCUGCACCUGGUCAUGAUGGUUGUGGGAGAGCGCUUCUCCCCUGGGAUUGGCCAGGUGCAGGGGACUGAGGAGAUCAAGCGGGAGAUUAUUCACCAGCUGUGCAUCAGGCCCAUGGCUCACAGCGAGCUGGUCAAAGCUCUGCCUGAGAACGAGAACAAGGAGACGGGGAUGGAGAGGGUGAUUGACUCUGUCGCCUCCUUCAAGAAGCCGGGGGUGACGGGCAGGGGUCUGUACGAGCUGAGGCCCGAGUGCGCCAAGCAGUUCAACCUCUACUUCUACCACUACUCCCGCGCCGACCAAUCAAAGGCAGAGGAGGCCCAGAGGAAGAUGAAGAGACAGAAUGGAGAGGACUCAGCUCUGCCCCCGCCCGUGCUGCCCCCGUUCUGCCCGCUGUUCGCCAGCCUGGUGAACCUGCUGCAGUGUGACGUGCUGCUGGGCAUGCUGGGACUUGUGCUGCAGUGGGCCGUGGAGCCCAUCGGGGGGCACUGGUCUGAGUCCAUGCUGCAGAGGGUGCUGCACCUGAUAGGCAUGGCCCUGCUGGAGGAGCAGCAGCAGAUAGAGAGCAGCAGUGAGGACAACGACGUCACCUUCAACUUCACCCUCAGGAUCUCCCGACCAGGAGAAGCCCCCAGUAACCCUCCCAGCAUCCUGGCCCUUCUGGAGACCCUGCAGAACGCCCCUCACCUGGAGGUGCAUAAAGACAUGAUCCGCUGGAUCCUCAAGACCGUGAGCGGCAUUAAGACAAUGCGGAAGCGCACGGCCACCAGCCCCGUGUCAGACAGCGGGGGUCAGAGUCAGGAGGAGACCCUGCGGGAUAAGGACAAGGCGGAGCGCAAGCGGAAGGCGGAGAUGGCUCGUCUGCGCAGGGAGAAGAUCAUGGCCCAGAUGUGCGAGAUGCAGCGCCACUUCAUCAACGAGAACAAGGAGCUCUUCCAGCAGAGUCUGGAGGAGCUGGAGGCCUCUACCUCCUCCUCUCUGGAUCCCAGGUACCUGCACACCUGCAACAUAGGUACCCACACCUUGCAGGACAGCCCCGUCUCCCCCGAUGAGGCUCUGGUGUGUGUGGGCCCGCGGCGCUCGUGCGUGAGCGAGAAGCGUCAGAUGGUCACCUGCAUCCUGUGCCAGGAGGAGCAGGAGGUGCGCGCGGACGGGCGCGCCAUGGUGCUGGCCGCCUUCGUCCAGCGCUCCACCGUCAUGGCCAAAAACCGCCGGAGACCCCCCCACGACCCGGAGAACUACGACCCGCUCUUCAUGCACCCUGACCUGUCCUUUGGGACGCACACGGGCAGCUGCGGCCACAUCAUGCACUCCCACUGCUGGCAGAGGUACUUUGAGGCGGUGCAGGCCAAGGAGCAGCGGAGGCAGCAGCGGCUGCGCGUGCACACCAGCUACGACGUGGAGAACGGCGAGUUCCUCUGCCCCCUGUGCGAGUGCCUCAGCAACACGGUCAUCCCCCUCCUGCCCCUGUCCAAGGGCCCCAGCAGCUGUGAGCAGCCAGGCCUGGGACAGUGGCUGAAGACCGUAGGUCAGCAGGUCAAAGCCCUCCACUCUGCCCACAGGAAACUCAAGCCAACCAGUGCUGGAGCUGUAGAGGAUGGUGAGCAGCUGGAGGACUGUGCUCUUCCAGAGGGCUUCAGACCUGACCAGACUCCUAAAAAUCCUUAUUCCGCCACUAUCAAGGAGAUGCUGACCACGUUCGGAACAGCGACCUACAAAUUUGGCCUUAAAGUGCAUCCCAAUGAGCAGGACCCCCGAGUCCCCAUCAUGUGCUGGGGCAGCUGUGCCUAUACCAUCCAAUCCAUCGAGCGACUACUGGUGGAUGAGGAGAAGCCUUUGUUUGGGAGCUUGCCCUGCAGACAGGAGGACUGCCUGAGGUCUCUGGCCAGGUUUGGGUCAGCCUGCUGGACGGCCUCCUCUCUGCCCUCUGUGCAGGGCCACUUCAUCAGACUGUUAGCAGCGCUGGUUCCAGACCCGCAGGUGGAGAGCUCUCCCAGUAUCCUGGAUGUGGACAUGUUCCACCUGCUGGUGAGUCUGGUCCUGUCCUACCGCUCUGUUCACUGUCAGGACUCCUCAGGUCUCAGUGUGGACGCGGUCCAGCUGCACCUCUUUCACCUGGUUACCGUGGCGCACAUCGUCCAGAUCCUGCUCACGUCCGUGCCAGCGGAAACGACCAUGGAACAGGAGAGUGGGGGCGUAGACGAUGAAGUGGAGGAGGGAGUGUGCCACCUCUAUAACCUUCUCAGGACUCACCUGGGCAGUGGCCUGCGUGAGGUGGGCUCGGGCUGGCACCUGUGGCACUGUGUGAGGGCGGGUAUCCUGCCCUACCUCAGGGCCGCCGCGCUCUUCUUCCACCACCUCAACGGGGUGCCCACACCCCCGGAGCUGCGCGUAGCUGUGGGUCCAUAUCAUUUGGAGCAGCUGUGUGUAUAUCUCUGCCUGCCCCCUAACCUGCUACCGCUCUACCAGAACCACAGAGACCUGCUGGACCCACUGUUACAACGGUGGUGCUCACACCCAGGUGUGCGGGAGUCCCUCCAAGGAAGCAGCCCUCUCGUGAGCUUUCCCCGGGAGUCCAACCGUUUGAUCGACCUGCCAGACGACUACAGCGCCCUCAUCAAUCAGGCCUCCAGCUUCACGUGCCCCAAGUCUGGGGGGGAUAAGUCGCGCGCCCCCACCCUGUGCCUGGUGUGCGGUGCCAUGCUCUGCUCCCAGAGCUACUGCUGCCAGACAGAGCUGGAGGGCGAGGACGUGGGGGCCUGCACCGCACACACCUUCGCCUGUGGAGCCGGAGUCGGCAUCUUCCUCAGGGUCAGAGAGAGUCAGGUGCUGUUCCUGGCUGGGAAGACGAAAGGCUGUUUCUACGCCCCUCCUUAUCUGGAUGACUACGGCGAGACUGACCAGGGCCUCAGACGGGGGAAUCCCCUUCGCCUCUGUCGGCUGAGGUACCGGAAAAUUCAGAAGCUCUGGCGCCAGCACAGCAUCACAGAGGAGAUCGGCCACGCCCAGGAGGCCAACCAGACACUGGUGGGCAUCGACUGGCAGCACUUGUGAUGUCACGCUGGCCCAGCCCUAAGGCCACGCCCAGCAGCCCUGGCCUGGCCAGUGAUUGGAUGGUCUUGCUCUCAGACUAGUUGUCCCACACACGGGACAGAAGGUGGUUUUUUGGCAAUGUGACCCUAGCUCUGUGCCCCUCCCUGCCUCAGUCUUUCUGAGAGGGGAUUAAUGCAUGUAGUUUACUUUUUCUUUUUGCUAUUAUUUCAUGCAGCAUUGCAUUUCUUUUUAUUUCCUCAUUUAAACAUAUAAAGGACUUAGACAGGCAUUGGGCUGUGCAAGUGACCAGCUCCAAUGCUACACGAAUACUCAGAAGAGCACUUCUGAACAAUACCAUUUCAUUUCUCUUUAUUCAUAUAUAUAUAUAUAUAUAUAUAUAUAUAUAUAUAUAUAUAUGUAUAUAUAUAUAUAUGUAUAUAUAUUACUUAAGUUAUUUCUAGGAUAAAUGGCUUAAGUUCUGAGUUAUUAACCGCUGUUUUAAAUGAGACGAUACCUGAGAUUUUUGGGCAAGCACAAAUUUCUGUGUGUGUGUGUGGAAGCCUGAUUUGGAUGGAAUGACAGUAGUGCCUGCUGGCUGCAGGAACUUCUCCACACUGUGAUCUCAGAAGAGUGUUUUGUAUCUGGUGAGUCCAGCUUGGUGUAGGAUCGCCUCCUCCACACACACACGCACACACGCACACACACACACACACGCACACACACACACACACGCACACACACACGC